AAGUUUCUCGUAUAAAAGCCAGCAGACGUAAGCAUUCCCUGCAGUAUAUACUAACUUAGUAAAGACCCUACAUAACUGCAGUAUAUACUAACUUAGUAAAGACAGUAGAAAUCAUCCAACAUGUUGCGAGUUGUCUUCCUCGCUCUUUUUGUUGUCGCAGCCUUCGGCUCCGUGCUAAAGGUUCUCCCUCCGAUGCCAGACUCCCGAAUCGUCGGAGGAAGCCCAGUUGACAUACAACAACAUCCGCAUCAACUCAGCUUGCAAACUAGCGGACACAUUUGCGGUGCCUCGAUCAUCAGCAGUAGUUGGGCCAUCACGGCUGCUCAUUGCGUGGGAUCAGCUCCCAGUCGAUACAGCUUGAAAGCUGGUAACAAUGACAAGGACAAAGGUACACGCUACAGUGUGAAGCAAAUCAUUAGACAUCCCCAAUACAACUCGCAGACUAUCGACUAUGACGUUGCUCUUAUACAGAUCGAUGGACAAUUCAAAUUCGGCCCGACCGUAAAAGCCAUAAACCUGGCUAACUCGGAACCGGCAAGCAACAAAGUGGUAGACGUCACUGGCUGGGGAGCACUCAGGGAGGGCGGAUCGACCUCGUCGCAGCUUAUGAAGGUGUCGGUCCCCAUCGUGGCCAGAAAUAAGUGUCAGGAAUUCUACGGCCGCAUGAACACAAUAUCCGCCCGAAUGAUAUGCGCUGGAUACACAGAAGGUGGCAAGGACUCCUGCCAAGGAGAUUCUGGUGGCCCGCUGACGUCGGCUGGCACCCUUUACGGUAUCGUUUCUUGGGGCUACGGAUGUGCUCAUCCUAAAUAUCCUGGUGUUUACACGAAUGUUGCCAGCCUCCGUUCCUGGAUCAAACAAAACAGCGGUGUUUAAACAAGGGAAGAGAAAUUACGACCGUUCACUACAAAUAACAUUGGAUUUCCUCAAAUUUCAAUUAUAUCAUUUUAAGUUAGGCUAAUGUAGUAGAUGCAUAUGCACAAAUUGUUGUAUACUGUAAGACUUAACUUACAGUUAAUACACAUUAAUAAUUGUGUGUAGAAUUUGAGUAAAAAUGAAAUAAAUAAACUGGUCUAAUGAAA